GCUCAGUCUCUUACCUGAGCGUGACGCGAACAGACAGCCGGUAUCCGAUAUCGUGGUAUUCGUCGUGACAUACGGCGGUAACAUUACUUUUAAUCGUUUUUUAUGACACAUUUAAAAGGCCGAUAUUAUUUGAAUAGAUACGUCAGGCAAACUUUAAUCCGAUAAUAUUUACGAAAUGUCUUCUCAGUCAUGAAUUAGCGCAAGUGUUGGCGAAGUAUUCGGCAGUGUAUUGUCCAAACAUGAUAAAACUACCAUUUGUGAAAAUAAUGGAUUCACCAGAAUUGUAAGAAUCUUUUAAUCCGUGUCUUAAACAACAUGCUCAUAAAAAAAAUGGAUAAUGAGCAAAGGCCUCUCGUGAACAACGGGAGAAUAGCGACAUCGACAAAAAUCGCUUAUGCUCUUGGACACAUUUUUAACGAUCUUGCGGCUGCAAUGUGGUUUUCCUACACUUUAAUUUACCUUCAACGAGUCGCAUUGUUAGAGCCUAUUGUCGCUGGAGCGCUUCUACUCUUAGGACAAGUCAUUGACGCCAUUAUGACACCUGUAUUUGGUUUUCUGGUGGAUCACUAUUCUAAGAAGAAAAUUUGGCAUGUUAUGGGCUCCAUCAUGGUUACUUUGUCGUUUCCCAUAAUAUUCGGAGGUUUUGCCAAUUCAUCUACUACAGUCGCCAUGAUUUUGUACGUCACAAGUAUUACGAUAUUUCAAACAGGCUGGGCGGCCGUACAAAUCUCUCAUCUGUCAAUGAUACCCUCGUUAACUAAUUCUGUCCCAGCUCGAACCGAUUUAACCGCAAUAAGAUAUUCUGCCCAAGUUAGUGCGGCCGUGAUAGCUUUUGUGGUAACAUGGAUAAUUCUACCAACCAGCGGUGAAUCGAUAGUUGAAUUAGAUCAGCAAGAUGACUAUAAAUUCAGAAACAUUGCUUUGAUCCUCACGGCUCUCGGCGUAACCUCGACUGUCUUUUUUCACAUUUUCCUGAAAGCGAAUCUCUUGGAGCAAACAAUAGUCACGAAAUCGAACAUCGAGGAGCCGAUUAAACCGGAAGUUUCGGCGAAUCGUCGAAUGUCAUGGAUCGGCAUCACAAUUUUAUUGAGAGUCGCGAUGCUAUACGUGGCGAGCAGAUUAUUUAUCACUCUCGCCACGAUAUAUUUACCAUUGUAUACAGAAGAGACAAAAGUCGAUGGUAAGCAAGCGUUGGCCAGUGUACCAUUGGUCUCGUAUGUAUCUUCAUUCACGGCUGCCUUGUUGCUCAAAUACAUCAACAGACUUUGCGGUACCAAGGCUUGCUACUUUCUCGGCGCUGUAAUUGGUAUAAUCGCUGCCGUUGUCACAGAAUUUAUCGGAAGUAACACGAUAGUCGUAUACGCUAUCGCCGCGUUAAUUGGUGCAGGUAGCUCUAUCACAAUGGUCACCGCAUUGAGCAUCACCGCCGAAUUGAUUGGUUCUCGAACGGAACGUAGCGCAUUCGUAUACUCGAUCGUUACUUUUCUCGAUAAAAUUAUCACCGGUUUUGUGGUAAUAUUGAUCGAAAAAUGGAGAUGCAACGACAAGGAACUUUGUCCUACUUACAAUCGAGACACGUUGUCCAUCGUUUGUGCUUCCUCAAUGGUAUUGGGACUUGUAACUUUGCUAUCCGUAUCACGUUGUCUAACUUGAAAAAUUAUCGUAAUUUAUUAUCACGUGUCGUUUGUAAAUUAUAUAACUAUUUUCUCAACGUCACUGGCGAACGCGAUAAAAAUAUUUCAUAUUUUCUUGUCACUGCAUCGUUUUUUAUAUUUGUCAGUGGCAAAUUUACUAUAGCGAUUCUAAUUAAUUAUAGCGAGUUAUUUAUCGAGCGAAGUCGGAACUAUGCAGCUGUAGCUGAAAAAGAAUUAAUAAUACUAUAAUUUUAUUAUACA